GGAAUCAAAUAUUAAUAUCAUUGGACUUAAAACAAGCACAGAAGAAAAAUCAGAAUUUUCACUUGCAUUGCGAUCUGGAAGUUGUUCUGAUAAAGGACCAAAGCAGUACAUGGAGGAUGAGUUCAUAUGUGUUGAUAUUCUACAGGAAAGUCUCGGCCCAAGAGCAAACCUUCCUUCUCCUGCAGCAUUUUAUGGGGUAUUUGAUGGACAUGGUGGUGUUGAUGCAGCAUCAUUUACCAGAAAGAACAUCCUUAAGUUUAUAAUUGAAGAUGCACAUUUCCCAUCUGGCAUUAAGAAAGCAGUUAAGAGUGCAUUUGUGAAGGUUGAUCUUGCAUUUAGAGAUGCUAGUACUCUUGAUAAUUCUUCAGGCACCACUGCUCUAGUGGCCCUUUUGUUGGGAAGUUCCAUUCUGAUUGCCAAUGCGGGGGAUUCACGUGCUGUAUUAGGUAAACGGGGCAGAGCCAUUGAACUUUCUAAAGACCACAAACCAAAUUGCACUUCUGAGAGAUUAAGAAUUGAGAAACUUGGUGGUGUCAUAUAUGAUGGAUACCUCAAUGGCCAACUAUCAGUGGCUCGUGCCCUUGGAGAUUGGCACAUCAAAGGUUCUAAAGGCUCUAAGAGCCCCUUGAGCUCUGAGCCAGAGCUGGAGGAGAUUGUGUUGACAGAAGAAGAUGAGUUUUUGAUAAUAGGUUGUGAUGGAUUAUGGGAUGUGAUGAGCAGCCAGUGUGCUGUUACAAUGGUGAGGAGGGAGCUCAUGCAGCAUAAUGAUCCCACCACAUGUGCAAAGGUACUUGUUGCUGAGGCACUCCAACGCAACACAUGUGACAACCUUACAGUUGUGGUGGUGUGUUUCUCCAAGGAUCCACCUCCUAAGAUUGAAAUUCCUAGAUCAUAUAGGAGGAGGAGUAUUUCUGCUGAAGGCCUUGAUCUUCUCAAGGGUGUCUUGAAUGGUAGAUGAAUAAAAGUAUAAAACUUGUUACUGAUUUUGUACAGAUUAUUGAGUAGUGUUCUUCAGUGGGGAUUUUUCUGACUAACUGCUACCCCUGCUGCCCUUGAACAUUGUUGUUUGCUUAAAUGUCAAUAAUAAUGUUACACAACUUGUAACAGCUCCAAUUUGGGAGUACUAAUCAGAUUCAGAGCCUUCUACAUUUGUACUAUAUGAUUAUUACAAGAGCAACGAUCACCUGGCAAGGUUCACAUACUUCUGGUCUUGUUAUCCACAGCAAGCUUCUUGAAGUUCAAUUUUUGAGAAUCGGCUCGUCAAUAAGGGUACAUUUGGUUACAUUUCUCCAUAUACAUUUACAAAAAAGAAAAUAAAAUGAAAAAAUGAAAUAAAUUUCAUAAACUAAAAUUAG